ACGUUAAUUUUUUCAUUGGAGAGUUUGAUUUUGUACGUUUUGCGCCAUUGUUUGUUUUGAUAAUAAAUAAAGCAGAGUUUUCAAAUUAUUUACAAAAUUCUAAAGUAAUAUCGGACAUAUUUUUAGAAAUGUCUCACAGAAGAUCAAGUUUUCAAUCAAAUGACCUGUUUCCUCGUGAAAUUGAUAUUGAGGUGUGCUUAAAAACGCUAAAAAUUUAUCAAAAAAUUGAAGGAGAUGUGAAUUGUGUUGUAUGGGAUGCAUCUUUAGUUUUAGCAAAGUAUCUCGAAACAAUGUGCCAGAAUAAAGCUGAGUUCUUAAGUGGCAUUAGAGUAUUAGAACUUGGGUCAGGUUUAGGGGUUGUUGGUCUAACAGCUGCAACUCUAGGCGCCCAAGUAACGCUUACAGAUUUACCUGAAGCACUGCCGUUGUUGCGAAUGAACAUAAAAGAAAAUAAGUCAAAAAUUUCCAGUAUGGGAGGGUAUGCCAUAGCAGAGUCUUUGGUGUGGGGUGACAGUACAUCCCAAAUACUUAAAGAAGAAUAUGACAUGAUUGUACUCGCAGACUGUGUUUAUUAUGAAGAGGCAAUAGAUCCUCUGGUACAGACAUUACAAUGCUUCACCAACACCUUAACAAAGAAACCCACAAUGUAUUUGACUCAAGAACUUCGAGAUUCUGAAAUACAAAAGAGGUUAUGGAAAAAGUUUUUUGAAAAACUUAAUGACAUCUUUAAUGUGGAACAGAUACCUGAAGAACAACAACACAAAAAUUACAGAAGCCCGGAUAUUUUACUCUUUAAAAUUACAAAGAAAUGAUUUCUUAGGUGUAAGUAUACUUAUUAGUUUAAGCGCAUUCAGUCUAUG